CAGAGCUGAGGCAAAGUGCUGCUCCAUAUAGGGCCUACAGCAGUCCCACUCAGGUGAGCUGAUGGUGGAAGAUACCAUGUAUCUGGGUCAUAGGUGCUGCUCCAUAUAGGGCCUACAGCAGUCCCACUCAGGUGAGAUCUCUGGAGCCUCUGCUGUCUGUGAUGUCAGCGUGAUGUCAGCGUGAUGUCGUGGGUGAAGCAGCGGUACCGUGACAUCACCCCGGUGACGCUGCAGGUGGCGGGCGGGGCCGUGAGCGCCGUUCUGUACUGCGGCGAGCCCGAGGGCCUGGCGGGGGGGCUGGUGGAGUCCUUCCUGGUGGAGCUGUACCGCUGUAAACUCUGCCAGUUCACCUGCAGCCUGAAGGCCUCGGUCAGCAGCCACCUGCGCACGCACCUCACCUACCUGGGUGCGGACGGAGGGGGAGGGGCCCAGGACGGCGAGGGGGCGGGGCCGUAUCCACUGGAGCUGAACCAAGAGGAAGAGGAGGAGAAACGCAGCGACGAGGACGAAGACUUCCUGCUUUACAACAUGCUGGACGACAUGAGCCCGCCCACCUGUGACAUCAGCAGUGAGGGGGGGCUGCAGGUCGCACACACCUGUGAGGUGAGCACUCUGUUCGAGGAGGAGGCGGCCAUCUUCCCUCUGAAGGGGGGGUCAGGUGACCUGUCCUGUCCCAUGGACCCCCCCGCCACCCAGGAGCAGAUGGCGCAGUCCGCUCACCUCAUGACUCUGGGGCUGUGUCGCAUCUCAGCCGCCAAACCCUGCGCCUCCCAACCCCUCCCCCCCCAACCGGACGCCCCCGCCCCCCCCCUGCCGCCUGGCGGCGAGGGGGGGACACUGCCGGGCGCCAGACGCCGCAGGGUGAGGGACGCACACACACGGGACCAGAAGAAGAAGAAGAAGAAGAAGACAUUGAGGAACGCCGCUGCACGAAACGCUCUCCAACAGACCCCCUCAGACGGAGUUGUUGAUGAAUACCGUUUGAUUGGUUCCCCAGACGGAUGGAGGAGCCAGCUGAUUGGACGAGCAGGAGGGAAGAGAACAGACAGUCAGAGCGUCACAGAGAAGAAGAAGAAGAAGAGACCCAGCAGAAAGAAAGAAGGAGGAGAAGAAGAGAAGGAGUCGGGUUUCUGUUGCUCUCUGUGCCACAGGAAGUUCUCCACCCGGCUCACGCUCCGGCGCCACCGCGGGACGCACGGCGGAGAGAAACCGUUCAGCUGCCAUCACUGUUCUUACAGCAGCCGCCUGAAGGCAUCACUGCUGCAGCACCUGAGGACACACACAGGUGAGAAGCCCUACAGGUGUGCUGAGUGUCCCUAUGCGUCUAUAGAUCGCAGCUCUCUGCUGCGGCACAGCAGGACUCACAGCCAGGAGAGACCGUACAGCUGCCAGCACUGUGACUACACCAGUAUCCAGAAGAAGAGUCUGGACCUCCACGCCCGCCGCCAUCACACGGGCGAGGCGUUUCCAUGCCAACAGUGUGAGUACUCGAGCCCGGACCGCCAGCUGCUGCUGCGCCACGUACGCAGACAUCACGCCACCAUGCAGCACGCGGUGGUGUGACAUCACGGGGAGCCGCCUGCUCUGAUUGGACGGGACUGCUGCCGACCUCACAGACUGUCUGAGGGUUUUCAUUGGUCGUUUUUUAUCUGACAGAUUUUUAAAUGAAAUAUAAAAUUUGACAAAACAAACGCACAGACACACACACACACACACACACACACAUAGAGACACACACACACACACUGCCCUGUGUGUCCUUGCUACAUUCUCUGGUUAUUUCCUGUAUUUCUUUUAAUAUUGUACUAAAGCUGUAUAAUAACUCUGUUUGUGGUUGGCUGUAUUAAACCAUGUGACCUGUAGAGAAUCUGAUUGGAUGGUACUGACUACUGACCGUGUUGGCUGCUGAUCAAUAAAGUUAAUUUCGUUCCA